GGAUUAAAUGUCAUAAAAGUCUCUAUUGGUGUUGCUAUUAAUAACAAUAGCAAUAGCUACAGAGAGUCCUGCUCUUUAGUAAUUAAGACAUAAAUUAGAAUCGAAUGAAUAUAAUUCAUAAUUAGUUGAUAUGUUAGAAUUAAGUGUUGCAGGUGGAUAAUUAGAUCGUGUUUUUGAGUUGUUAUAAAAAAUGAUUGAUGAUUUAACUGGAUAAAUUAAUUCUGCAAAUUUAGAACAUGCUUCAAGAAUGGCUGCAUUUUAAUAAAGCAUAGAAUAAUUAGAAGCAAAUUUAGCUUCAUUAUAAAAUGAAGUUUAAACCAACAAUAGAAAAAUAGGAGAAAUUACAUAAUCAAUUUCAACACUUACAUCUACUAAUGUUUCCAUUAAGAAACAAUUAGAAACAAUAAAUUAAAGAGAAGAAUAAAUUCGUGAUAAUAGAGCUAAGGAAAUAUAAGCAGUAGAAACUAAAUAGACUGCUGCUUAAAAGAUUUUAGGAGCAUUAGAAGAAAUUCAUGAUAGAUUAGUUAAAGCUGUUCUUUCAAAUUAAGGUUCAUUUCUUGAAGAAAGAGAAAAAUAAGAAAUAAUUAAAUAAGUAAAAUAAGAAUUAGGACAUAAACAUCCUCUUGUUUUAUUAUUAGAUUUAUCUGCAAAGUAUAUUUAUCUGGAUAAUUAAGAUUUGAUGAAAUAACAGCUAGAAAAGCUAUUGAAUUAAUUGAAUAAAUAAUUGCAUCUAUUAAGGAUGGUUAAUAAUUAAGAGAACAAAAUCAAACAGCAGCAGAACAAAAUUUUAAUUCAUUAAUUAAUGAAGUGUCAAUUUUAAGAGAAAAAUUAGGAUAAGAUAAUUAAAAGACAAGUAGUACUUUAAAAAAUAAAUAAAAUGAUUUGGUAUGCAUAAAUGACUUAUUGACAUAUAGAAAAUUGCAUAGAGAAGAAAUAAAUAAUUGUCAUUGAAUUAAGAGAAUACUUAAUAAUUAUUAGAAACCACAAGAGUUCAAAAAGAUUUAUAUGAUUCAAAUUUUAGAUCCAAUACUAGUAAGAGAGAAGGAUAAUUGAAUUCGUUAAAGACUGCUUUUUAAAUUUUGAGAGACAACGAAUAAGCAUUGAAAAAAUGAUUAGAUUUAUUCACAACAAAAAAAC